AUGAGUGAGGUUGGAGCAGCCGACCGCUCACGGCUUUUACGAUUAAAAAAAGCUGAACUCAGUGGAAUUGUUAAGUCGCGCAAGAGAAAGCUUCGCGAGUUAUUCGCUGUAUGCGACAAUGAAUCACCGAUACCCCAACUCGACUUCUCUAAUCCCGAUGCGCCACCGAUCAAUUCAGCCGAAGCUCACUUUCUCGCCGUUACCGAUAUACUACAAAAUAGGCUCUUUGAUGAAUCUAACCUUCCUCUGCGCUGUCAAAAAAAGACGAAUGCAUCGAGAACUAAAUCCUCAGCCCACAAGACAAGCUCUGAAUUACGAAAAUCGGAGAUUCAGCGAAAAGCAGGCAAGCCACAUCGCGAUGAAUCAAAUAUUAAGAAGGGUCGGACCAAUUUAUUUGAGGUUGCAAGUGAAGGUGACAAAUCCUUGGCAACAAUUAAAACCCAAUCCAAGGAAGCUUUUGUCCAGAAAGAUAUCGUCCCUAAAAAAUUAUAUAAAAGUUCUCAUACAGAAUCACCGGCACAGGCCGUUUCGUCAAUCAAAGAGCCUAGAAAUCGGAAUGACUCCCAAAGACCCUCUAAUUCACCGCCUCUUAACCAUGACCUUCUCCAUCGAUUCGAUUUUAAAAAACAAGAGAGAGAGGUAGAUGAUACAUCUAUACCUACUCCCUCCCCUCGUCAUGCAUUACACAACUCUAAACAUGCUUUCAGAUCACACAACACACUGCGUGGAAGUGAGAAAAAUGUUCCCACAGAAUUCUCUGAUGAAGAGGUUCUAGAAAUCCGAUCAGGUUUUCGUGGGAAGACACAAUCCCAAAAAGAAAUCCAGAAUGAAAAUCUAUCCACUGAAAUGCUGAGCCAGGAAACUUGUUUGGAUAAAGUAUCAAUUGGAACAAAACUUGAUGCUCAUUCUGCUGCAACGCCUGAUCUAGUCGAUAGAUCGACAGAUACGAGUCUGGAGAUGAAAAUUCGCAAGGCCGUAAAUAAGUUAGAUACUGGGAAUUCUGCAGCUACUCUUUCACCUGAGCCCGAAUACUUACACCAGAAUUUUAAACAUGUUCAUCAAGAUAAUAUGGUGUGCAAACCUCAAGGUAACAUAGUCCACCAAAGCCUCACGAAAGGCGAAUGUAGGCCUUCUGAGAGAAAGCUGAUUGAAGAGCAAGUGACAAAGACUGUUGUAGAAGAAAACACUCUGCCUGAGUCACUGUCGGAUGAAGCUAGUGACACGGUUUUAGAAGUUAUAGAAAAUGUUGAACAUAACGAGGGUGGCUCUCCUGAUAGAGAUGAAAUAUCUCCUGCAUCAUCCGUACCUUUGAAUGUCCCAGAUUCAGCGACUGAGGGAGUUAGAGAGACUGUUGAUGCAAGUGCCGGAGACCAGAUGUAUGAUCGUUGUGCCACGGAUAUUGAUUCGGUUAAAGUAUUAGAUUCAUGCGAGAGUACUACUUCGAGUGAAGCUCUUAAAACUGGUUUAAUUUUUCCUUUAGGAAGUGCUGUCGAAUCCGAUACUUCAGUGCCGUUAUUCAAUUGUCUGAAGAUCCCUUACGUCUCAUCAGCAGCUUCGGUAAAAUAUACUUCGGCGCCUCCUACUCCGGAAUGCAGGAAUACGAGAAUUAGUUCAGGAGUUCUUGAACGCAAAUCCGUAUCUGAGAUUAUUGAAGGCUCCAAGUCAUCAUCCGGGUUGAUUUUGAAAAGUGCAAUCAAGCCCAGUUUAGGUUUUACCAAAGCUUCUCAUUCCACCACUCAAGUCACAUCUCGAGUUCAGUUGCUUGCCCAGAAACGGAAAGAAAAAGGGCGAAGCAAGCUUUCAAAUGUGAUAUUUUCACAUAAGCCAUCAAAAGUAGCACCCGAACUAAAUCCCGUGCAAGGAAUGGAUAAGUUAUCAGAAUCAUUAAAGGAUGAUUAUUUCUUGCCUCUUUUCCUUGCCAAUGCUUCAGCGGGAAAAGGGAUAAUUCCUGCUCUAGAUACUCUAAUGGCUACUGCCCACAAAACUAUAACUACAUCCAACGCUCUCGUGCCAAUUAAGGAGAACCAGACAGCUAAGAUACUUAAGAGAAUUUAUCACUUACAAUCUUCUCACAAAUGGUCAUUGAGGCAGCCCAAGCGCUCCAUAGAGCCAGUUAGACCUGUGUCACACUGGGAUAUCUUGCUCCAAGAGGCUUCAUGGAUGAGGACUGACUUCAAAGAGGAGCGAAAAUGGAAAAAAGUAAUUGCUCGAAAUAUGGCUCUCGCUUGUGCAGAAUGGGUUCUAUCUAGUCGAGAAGAGAGAAAGCAACUUCAGGUUGAAAUAAGUUCUCAAAGUCCUGGUAAAUCUGAUGAUGUCACAACGAUUGAUACUGCUAACCAAAUUAACGCUUAUGCAACCCCUGAUAUAAGUAUGUCCGGAGAAUGCGAAUCUCCAACACAUGAUUUUGACGAAGAACCUCGAAUUAAUCUAUUGGAGACUAUUUCCCCUACAGAAAUAUUUAGUUUGCAAGAUGAAGAUGUUAUAUUUGGACUACGAAGCUCUCCUACUGCAGAUAAGCUUCUAGAUGAAUUACCAAUGUAUGGAGUUCCACUUCAAGUACCCUUAGUUGAUACCCAAGCGCCUGAAAAUGAUCCAGACCGAUUUUGGAAGCGACCUGCUCUUCCGCUAAGUAAAUUCGUCGAAGGGAGAAUACGCCUCAAACAAGAGGCGCCUCCCAAAAAGCGUAGCCGUUUUGAAUAUCAAGAAGAGGAUAUCGAAGAAGGUGAAGAUAAACGAAUUACAUUCGGUGAAGACCAAACUAAGCACGAAUUACUCCCACCAGAAUCUACAGAUGUCGCACUCUUUAAUCCAAAAAAUAGGCAUAUAUUAGAACGAAUUAGGAAUGUGAACUGUUUUCGCCCACCUUCAGAAUUUCAUAUGCCUCUGCAAACCUUCUAUGAAUGCCGGACAGCUUCGCAGUGGACAUGGGAUGAAGAUAAAGAGCUCAAAUUGCUAGUUCGAGAUUUUACAUACAACUGGUCGCUCAUUUCAAGCAUCCUCUCAAGUAAGUCCAAGUCUAAUCUAACAACAGGCGCAGAACGUCGCACUCCUUGGGAAUGCUUUGAACGUUGGAUUGAAUUGGAAGGUUUGCCUGGUGAUAUGCAGAAAACUCAUUAUUUUAAACUAUACACCUCCCGGAUAGAGAACGCCAACAAAAUCAUCAUGGCUUCGCAGCCGACGCACAAUGCUCAAGGUCAAAUUCAACAAGUUCGUAAGAGAUCCACAGCUAGUGUUCGUGUUGAACGUCGGAGAAACCAAAAACAUCUUAUACUCAUUGACACUAUGCGUAAGCUAGCAAAAAAACGGGAAACUAUUCUCCAAAAGCAACAACACGCCGCUAGUAUGGCUGCAAUAAGAAAGUCUCAAGAAGCCCCACACGUGACUAGUCGAAGUCUCUCAGUAACGACUCCACAAGAUUUCAGCCGUCUCAAGUAUGAACGUGAAGAGGUAAUCAAGGAGAGAUUCUUACACCUUCAACAGCGGCAAGAGGCACAGCGUAGGGCUGCAAUUUCACAAAGAAACUCCGGGACCCACCCACCACAACCUGGCUUACCUUGUAUUAUACGGCCUCCUGCAGGUGCUACAGCUAUACUUAACUCAUCAAAUUCAGUCAACCAUGCUUCAAACAUACCUGGUCAGAACCGAUUACAUCAAAUCCCCUCUCAAAUUUCUACCCCAAAUUCCAGUGCGCUACGCAUGAACAUGAACUCCGUACCCCAGGCCCCUAUGCAAGGCCAGAUACCUCUAUCUAAUUCCUCUCUCGAUGUUGGACUCGUGUCGAGAGCUCAUGCUAUAUCUCAACAUCAACAAGCCAUCUUGAGACAGCAACAGCAGCAACAAGGUCAAGUCACAGGCCAAUCAUCUCAGGUACAUAACUCGCCUUCGCGAAUAAAUGGACUAUCUGCUCCGGGAUUUUCUAUGCGAGGUAACAUGGUGCCUCCUUUCCCUUCUAACCCUAAUGGGGUCUCAACAUCCCCAACUACUUCACUCACUUCCCCGAGCCAAGUGGGAUCCUCUCAAACUACACAAGCUCCUCAGGCUCUUUCUCACGUUCAGCGCAUGGAGAUUCAGUAUAAAGCUAAAUACCCAUCUGCGACAGCCGACCAGAUAACAAGUAUGAUAUCUCAAGCACUUGCCCAAUCAAUACAGCAACAGAGACAAAACACCGGUCAAGGCUCAGUGAAUAAUGUCUCGAAUGUACCCAUACCUUUAGUUAAUGGUAUUGCUACCUCCCAGAAAAGCACACCACAACUUUAUGCACAGAUGUUACGUCAACAACAAGAAGCACAACAAAAACAGCAAACUAGCGCAACGGGUAGUAAUCUUCAAUUAAAUCAUCAAGGGGGUAUUGGGCGAGGAAAACCCGGUCCCGGGCACUUACACAAGCCCAGCAUAGAAAGUUCACCAACUGCCAAUUAA